UAUUUGACAAUAAUAUUAAAUACUAGUAUUUGAAUCAAUGAUUCAUUGAUAGCACAAAAACAACAAAAAAAUAAAAUAUUUUAUUAUCAAAUCAUAUGAUAUUGUAUUGUCAAUGAAUUGUUAGUUAGUGUUUGACUAAAAAAAAACUGUGGUUUUUAUUUAUCGAUUGAUUGAUUGGAUUGGAUUGGAUUGGAUUGAAGAAGUGGUAACAACAACAACAACACCGAAAAUAUGUUAGCACUGGUCAACCGUAUACUGGAUUGGCUGAAGAGCUUGUUCUGGAAGGAAGAGAUGGAACUGACAUUAGUUGGUCUCCAAUAUUCAGGCAAAACAACGUUUGUCAACGUUAUAGCCUCGGGACAAUUUUGCGAAGACAUGAUACCGACCGUCGGCUUCAAUAUGAGAAAAGUGACCAAAGGAAACGUUACCAUCAAAAUCUGGGAUAUCGGUGGUCAGCCACGGUUCAGGUCAAUGUGGGAACGAUAUUGUCGCGGUGUCAACGCUAUAGUUUAUAUGGUGGACGCGGCCGACCAGGACAAAGUUGAAGCCUCCCGUAACGAGUUGCACAACUUGCUGGAGAAGCCCCAGUUGGCCGGCAUACCGGUGCUGGUGUUGGGCAACAAACGCGAUCUGCCAAACGCUUUGGACGAGAAGGAACUCAUUGAGCAAAUGAAUUUAGCGGCCAUUCAGGACCGAGAAAUUUGUUGUUAUUCAAUAUCGUGUAAAGAAAAAGAUAAUAUCGAUAUAACACUUCAAUGGCUUAUUUCUCACUCGAAGUCUGGAUCACAUUAAGAGUAUAUACAGUAUAUUGAUAUAUAAAACUAACAUUAAUUUCAAUAAUAAUAUGUAUAAUAUAUAUACG